CUGCUCGCAGCGUUUUACUGAGAGAACGACGACGGUGGAUUGACUUAAAUGGGCAGCAAGUUAAUGAACUGCUGAAGUGGUUUUCUAUCCGUCUUUCCACACAGAACCCGAAGAGUCGCUCUGGAGCACCAGGGUUACUAAACUUGGUUUAGUAUCAAGCUAUCCCGAUAUUAUUCUGCUCUUCUUCUUAGGGUGUUUUCUGUUUUCCCGAUGACUACUUUUGACUUCUCCGAUGUGGAAGCAUUUUUGGACUGCCACCCUGAUCUCUUUGAGGAGUACGUCGUGCGUAAAGGAAAAAGCGAAAUGGUGAGCCGGUGGUUGAAAGAGCACCGGCCGUCCAAAGUCUCCCUUACCGACGAGAAGCGGGGUGGCUUGCCCAGGGACCCCCUUUGGUCGACCAACCCUGACGGUCUGCGGCGGCGCUCAUCUCACAUGGAGCUCCGACGGAACUUCGCACGUUCAAAAGCCACGACGACGCAUAGAACCUACGACGAGCACGCUAGUCACAGGGAACACGAUGAUUCCCAGUCCAGCAUGAGACGACGCGCACUGCUGCGCAAAGCCAGUUCCUUGCCUCCAACCACAGCUCACAUUCUCAGCGCCCUUCUCGAAUCCAGGGUCAAUGUGCCUCAGUAUGCGUCCAGUGCUAUCGACUAUAAAUACAGACUGAAGGAAACCAACGAAAGAGAGUUCUUCCUUGAGUUGGUGAAAGAUGUCUCAAAUGACCUGGACAUGACAAACCUGAGUUAUAAGAUAUUAAUCAAUGUGUGCAUCUUGGUGGACGCAGACAGGUGCUCACUAUUCCUAGUUGAGGGACCCUCUCACAAAAAAACGCUAGUGUCCAAGUUCUUCGACGUGCACUCAGGCACUACAGUGCGGCCCUCCUCGAGCACUUUGAACUCUAACGAAGUGCAGGUGCCUUGGGGAAAGGGCAUCAUAGGAUACGUGGCAGAGCAUGGGGAGACUGUAAACAUACCCAACGCAUAUGAGGACCAUCGGUUCAGUGAUGAGAUCGAUAAGCUGACCGGCUAUAAGACCCAGUCCAUUCUCUGUAUGACCAUCUGUAACAGUGACGGGGAAGUCAUCGGUGUGGUGCAGGCCAUCAACAAGAACCCCAUCGGCACACCUUUCACAGAGGAUGAUGAGAAGGUGUUGCAAAUGUAUCUACCAUUCUGCGGAAUAUCGAUCUCCAAUGCCAAGUUGUUUUCAGAGUCUCGGAAGGAGUAUGAGAGAAGCAGAGCUCUGCUGGAGGUGGUCAAUGACCUGUUUGAGGAGCAGACCGACCUGGAGAAGAUAGUGAGGAAGAUCAUGCAGAGAGCCCUUACCCUUCUUCAAUGUGAACGCUGCUCCGUGCUGCUGCUGGAGGACAUCCAUUCACCUGUGGUGAAGUUCUCCAAGACAUUUGAGCUGAUGUCUCCUCUCUGCAACAUGGAUCGAGACAUCGGCAUGGAGAAGCUGUCCUGCUCCGAUUGGCUGAUCAAUAACAGCAUUGCUGAGCUAGUGGCCUCCACAGGACUGCCCGUCAACAUCAGCGACGUCUGUCAGGACCCCCGCUUCGACGCUGAGCCAGAUCAAGCCUCAGGGUUCCACAUCAGAUCGGUUCUGUGUGUCCCCAUCUGGAAUAGAACUCAUCAGAUUAUAGGGGUUGCUCAGAUUCUGAACCGCCUGGACAGAAGGACAUUCAAUGAUGCAGAUCAAAGACUUUUUGAGGCUUUUGUCAUAUUCUGUGGACUGGGGAUCAACAACACCAUGAUGUACAACCAAGUGAAGAAGACCUGGGCCAAGCAGUCAGUAGCCUUGGAUAUGCUGUCCUAUCAUGCCACAUGCUCCAAGGUAGAGGUGGACAGACUCAAGGCUGCUAAGAUUCCUUUGGCCAGUGAACUGGGCAUUGAUGAGUUCCACUUCAAUGACUUCUCGCUGGACAAUGAUGCCAUGAUCACCGCCUCCCUAAGGAUGUUUCUGGAAAUUGGUGCUGUCCAGAAGUUUAAGAUUGACUAUGACGUCCUGUGUCGCUGGCUGCUGACCGUGAGGAAGAACUAUCGCACCGUGGCCUACCAUAACUGGAGGCACGCAUUCAACGUGUGCCAGUGUAUGUUCGUCAUGAUCACCACUGCAGGUUUCCAGGACGUUCUGUCGGAUGCAGAGACCUUGGCACUGAUGGUGGGCUGCCUCUGCCACGACCUGGACCACCGCGGCACCAACAAUGCCUUCCAGGCCAAGACUGGUUCUGCUCUGGCUCUGCUCUACGGGACAUCAGCCACCUUGGAACACCAUCACUUCAACCACGCUGUCAUGAUACUCCAGAGUGAGGGUCAUAAUAUCUUUGCCAACCUGUGUUCUGAAGAGUACAGCAACAUGAUGCAGUUACUGAAACAAGCCAUCCUCUCCACUGACCUCACCCUGCACUUCCAACGGAGGAGCAAAUUCUUUGACUGUGUUUUGUCUGGAGAGUUCAGCUGGACAGACGAGGCUCACAGAGAGCAACUCAGGUCUAUGUUGAUGACUGCGUGUGACUUAGGUGCAGUGACCCGGCCGUGGGAAAUCUCCAAACAGGUUGCGGAAUUAGUGACGAGUGAGUUUUUCGAGCAAGGUGACAGGGAGAGGUCUGAGCUGAAGUUGACUCCAGCAGCCAUCUUUGACCGUAAUCGUAAAGACGAGCUGCCCGCCCUGCAACUCGAGUGGAUUGAUGGCAUCUGUCAGCCCCUCUAUCAGACUCUGGUGAAGCUGAAUGUGAAGCUACAGCCCAUGGUUGAUGGGAUCGAAGCCAAUCGGAUGAAGUGGAAGGAGCUUGGCUCGUCCUAUCAGCACACACACAGGGCUGCCGAGACAGAGUCAAGACCCGACCGAGGAACCAGGCAGAACCCAGAUUCCAGUCAGAACACGUCUCCUCGAUUUGGGUCAGACUCAGGAUCUCUACAGAAGUCAGUUGUUGUUACGGAGUCCGGCAGCCGUCCAGAGAUUGAGUUGUAUUCCGAAUCUGAUCAGAAGUCAGUUCUUAAUAUAGAGUCCAGCAGGCCUCCAGAGUUUGUGUUGAAUUCAGCUCUUAACACAGAGUCUGGUGGUCAGCCAUCAUCAGAUGGGUGUUUAGGUUCUGGUCAGCUGUCACCGGGGAAGAGGGCUGACAUCUGAAGAGAGAGGGGGUGAAAGGAGAGAGAGAAGGAGGGAGAGAGGAGAGGGAGGAGAGCUGACAUCUGAAGAGACAGGGGGUGGAAGGAUGGAGAGAAGGAGGAGAGGGCUGACAUCUGAAGAGU